UCUCUCUGUCUUCCUCACCCACCCCCUUUCUCUCCGUCUCCCUCGUCCCUACACCUCCAGUCUGCUUCUGUUGUCUCGGCGGAUUGUUGGGCUGCUGGGGAGAGAAAGGAUAUCGCGAGUAUUGGAGUUUUGGUGAGAGUUUGUGGAAGAUGGCGCCUGUUGUGACAGGGAAGUUCGGGGAGCGCCCUCAGCCACAGCGCCUAACAAGAGAAGCGAUGAGGAAUUACCUGAAGGAGCGAGGCGACCAAACUGUCAUGAUCCUGCAUGCAAAAGUUGCACAGAAAUCCUACGGCAAUGAGAAAAGGUUCUUCUGCCCCCCUCCCUGCGUGUACCUGAUGGGCAGCGGCUGGAAGAAAAAGAAGGAGCAGAUGGAGCGAGACGGCUGCUCCGAGCAGGAGUCACAGCCCUGCGCCUUCAUCGGCAUCGGCAACAGUGACCAAGAAAUGCAGCAGCUCAACUUAGAGGGAAAGAACUAUUGCACAGCCAAAACCUUGUACAUAUCCGACUCUGACAAGAGAAAGCACUUCAUGUUGUCCGUCAAGAUGUUCUACGGCAACAGCGCGGACAUCGGCGUCUUCCUCAGCAAGAGGAUCAAAGUCAUCUCCAAGCCCUCCAAAAAGAAGCAGUCCCUCAAAAAUGCAGACUUGUGCAUUGCAUCAGGAACCAAGGUGGCCCUGUUCAACCGGCUGCGGUCGCAGACAGUCAGCACGCGCUAUCUACACGUGGAGGGCGGCAACUUCCACGCCAGCUCCCAGCAGUGGGGCGCCUUUUACAUCCACCUGUUGGACGACGAGGAGUCAGAAGGAGAAGAGUUCACUGUGAGAGACGGUUACAUCCACUACGGCCAGACGGUCAAGCUGGUCUGCUCCGUCACCGGCAUGGCGCUGCCCAGACUGAUCAUCCGGAAGGUGGACAAGCAGACGGCGCUGCUGGACGCCGACGACCCCGUCUCCCAGCUCCACAAGUGUGCCUUCUACCUGAAGGACACAGAGCGCAUGUACCUGUGCCUUUCCCAAGAAAGGAUCAUCCAGUUUCAAGCCACUCCAUGCCCAAAGGAACCAAACAAGGAGAUGAUCAACGACGGCGCUUCCUGGACAAUCAUCAGCACAGACAAGGCCGAAUACACUUUCUACGAGGGCAUGGGCCCCGUCCACUCGCCUGUCACCCCCGUGCCUGUGGUAGAGAGCUUACAGCUAAACGGCGGCGGCGACGUUGCCAUGCUGGAGCUGACGGGACAGAACUUCACUCCAAAUCUGCGGGUCUGGUUCGGAGACGUCGAGGCGGAGACCAUGUACAGGUGUGCGGAGAGCAUGCUGUGCGUGGUGCCCGACAUCUCGGCCUUCCGCGAGGGCUGGCGCUGGGUGCGGCAGCCCGUCCAGGUCCCCGUCACCCUGGUGAGGAACGACGGCAUCAUCUACUCCACCACACUGACCUUCACCUACACGCCGGAGCCCGGGCCCAGGCCGCACUGCAGCGCCGCCGGGGCCAUCCUGCGCGCCGGCAACUCCAGCCUGAUCAGCAGCGGCGGCGGCGGCGGCCAGGAGUCCGGCGCCGCCGCCGUCUACGGCCCCAACAGCACCGCCAACCCGGGAGUCACGUCCUCGUCCUCCACCGCCGCCGCCGUGGUCUCCUAACGCAACAUGCCUUCAGAGCAGAUAUACCAGGAGGUAUAUGAAGACUAUAGGAAAUAAACACAAACUGACUCACUCUAAAGUGCUGCGUUAAUUUUGGAUACCAAGAAAGCUGAAGUGGAAAAGGAAAAAAAAAAAGAAAAAAAGAAGAAGAAAACGGCGGGACAAAAGGAGCGAGAAGGGGGGGGAGGAUCUGAAGGAGCGACGCCACGAAAAGCCGUCAAGCCGACAGGAGCGCCGCCCCUCCACACGCCCCCCCCCCACCCACCCCGCCGCCUGUCCAGCCCUGGUGUUUUGGAAAACGAGUGAAGUUCCUGCAGGCUCAGAGCACCAGCACCUUUCUACAGCUGUGAGAAUGGGGGAAACCACAACAACAAUACAUCCAGCAUGAUCAAAAAAAACGAAAAGGAAAGGUUUUUUUUUUUUUAUCCCCCCCCCUUUACAGCUCCUCCUUUUUGUUCCUGCGUUGUUUUCUAAUUCGCGGAUGGAUGUAUUGUUGUUGAGGGGGGAGCGCAUGGAUGCAGAGGGACACACCUAAAACGUGACGAUAACAUAGUUUUUAUGGACCAAGGAUCUUGUAUAAGCUUUAGUAAAGGUACAUUUUUCUCCAUACCUUUUUUGUAUUAAACAUAUAGUACACUUUUGUUACCAAAUAGUUUCUAUUCUUCCUCUGAGCUUUGGGCUUUGUUUUCCCCCCCUUUUUUGAGGUCCAAAAUCCCCCCCCCCCCCCCCCCCCUUUAUGUUAUUGUGACCUUAACUACAAACGCCUGCUUUUUUUUUUCAGUCUUUGGAUUGACUUUGUUUUGAUACUCUUGCUUCUUCUGUUGGGGAAAAACCUGAAGUUUGUUUAUUUACAUAAAGCGGAGGCUGUUUCUUUGUUUUUUUUGUUUUUUUUUGUUUUUUUUUUUCUUUUGUUUGUUUUUUUUUUUAAGAAAAUUGGGGAAUAACCUCAGAGGGCCUAUUUUUUAUCAUUGGUUUUUAUGAAGUCUUUAAAAAGAAAAGCUUUAAGCAACGCCUCUGCCUUGCCUGCAAUACUCUACGUGCGCUAUGUCUCCUGGAACACACACACAUCCGUACAUCUCACACGGAGCCAUAGCAACAUUUGCAGAACACGUGGGACAACAACAAAAAAACAAACAAAAACAACAACAACAAAAAAAACAAACGAGACUUCCAUUGUUACGAAAAACAAGUCAAGUUUGCCAUUUUUUUAUUUUAUUUUUCAGACUAGUGUAAUAAGAAAAGUCUUGUUCUCUUAAAAGAAUAGCCUUAGUACUGUAUAUUCUGACAAACCAGUCACAUAUCUGCUGUUUUCCAUCUGGAGUCCUGCACGGGUCCGGCGAUCGGGAUAUCGGGAUAUCGACACAGCGCUGUGCGGAAGAGGUGCUAAUAGUUAAUAAUUAUCGGGAUGAUCAUGUGAGAAUCGGAGGAAAUCUGGAGCCGACUGCAUGUUUGCAACUGGAUAUGACAAACGAUGUAGCAAGAGUCGGUGUUUUACGGCGUGUGAAGAUAACCGGGCUCAAAUAUCGGCUGAUUUUUUUUAUUUUUUUUAUUUUUUUUUAGGUAUUGUCAUGUCUGAUUUCACGAGAAACCAUCUUCCGCGUUGCAGGACCCUGUGCAGGACUCCGCUGCUUUUCUCACCACAGCUAACGUAUCAAAACCAGUGUAGUGAACGCCGAUCACCACACCCAGUGCGGUGUCUUCCAGCCUGAUGCUGUAGUUCCUGGUGGCAUUGAACUCCAAAAAAAGAAAGAAAAGAGGGACUCUUUUCAAUUUGAUGUGGCCUUACUGAAAAACUUCAAUUACAGAAACAAAGAAAACAACAACAACAACAAAAAAAAAAGAUCCUUCAUCUUCUUCUUAUCUACUGUUUACUCAUCUUGGAAGAACCUGUGCACGGCACAAAAAGCAAGCUAACGCCUCGCUUCUUAUCACAGGAGCUCUGCUGUUUCUCCACCACCGUUUUCAUGCAAAAAGCAGCCUUCUGAAGGAUCUCUUCGCCUUCAUCCUCCGUGUACAAGUAACCUAGUUUCUCUGUUUUUUUUUUUGUUUUUUGUUUUCUUGUAUCCUCAUGCGGUGCCCGGCACCUUCUCACUUUUUGGUACAAUAUUAUUCUCUCACGAGCGCUGUAAGCUCCUCUCAGCCUUCUUCUGAAUCUCCUUUCUCUGAUAUGUGCUGUGGUUUAGCGUCUAUUUUCAGAACGUGUGUGUGUAAGAGUGCGUGUGUGUGUGUGUGUGUGUGUAUGCGUGUGUCCGGUCCGAGUAGUUGCACUCAUACAUGUUCAUGGCAACAGCGCCUCCUGUAGGGAGUAUUAAAGGCCUUCUAAGUGUGUAUUAUUGGAAAUAUGUGCAUUUUCCAAAAAAAAAAAACAAAACAAAAAAAAAACAAUAACAGCAAUAUUGUACAGGUCAUUUCAUUGUUUUUGUCCGCCUGAGCACUAGUUCACCAGCCAGCAAAUAUAUAUGUGUGUGUGUGUGUGUGUGUAGUCGCUGUGAUGGAAAACUGAGUCAGACUCGCUCCAUUUUUUUUUUUGGUUCCAACUCCUUUCUGAGAAAAAAAAAAAAUUGGAUGUUUUCAGUCUUCCGCCGGGAUCCAAAUGUCUGAAUUAUUGUGGAUGAACAUUCUAAGGCAAUACUUGUGAUAUCUACAGUACGACUGUAUUCACUUCUGGGAAACGACAACAAAAAAAAAAAAAAAAAAGAGAGAGGAAGAAAAAACAAACAAUACUGUAACUUGAAUGUCUGCUUAAUGAAGUACUUCAUUUUUCUUACUCUCAGACCCUUAAAAUGACGGAAACAUAAAAAAAAGGGUGAACUCGCACCCUCUUCCAUGUAAAAAAAGAAAAAAAAGUUAACUUAUGCCCCCCGUUCGGCCC